AUGUCAGAAACAUGCCUACCGACAUCCGAAUGUAGCGGUCUCCGAAGCGAUUGCAUAUUGAUCGCGUUGGAGGGUAUUGGAAACAUAGGCGAAUUUGAUUCCACAUUCCACGAUAUUAUGAAACGAGCCCUGGGAUCUUCUGGAUCUUCAGGGGCUCUGGGAUCUUCGGGAUCUUCUGGAGCUCUGGAAUCUUCUGGAUUUUCAGGGGCCCUUCUAUCUUCUGGGUCUUCAGGAGUCCUGGGAUCUUCUAGGUCCUCUGGAGCUCUGGGAUCUUCGGGGUCUUCAGGAGCUCUGGGAUCUUCUGGGUCCUCUGGAGCCCUGGGAUCUUCAGGAGCUCUGGGAUCUUCUGGGUCUUCUGGAGCCCUGGGGUCUUCUGGGUCCUCUGGAGCCCUUGGGUCUUCUGGAUCUUCAGUAGCUCUGGGAUCUUUUGGGUCUUCUGGAGCUCUACGAUCUUCUGGUUCGUCAGCUGCUGGUUGUGGGUCUUCGGGAUCUUCAGGAGCUCUGGGGUCUUCUGGGUCUUCUGGGUCUUCUGGAGCUAUGGGGUCUUCAGGAUCCUCAGGAGCUCUUGAAUCUUCUGGGUCUUCAGGGGCUCUGGGAUCUUCUGGAUCUUCGGGAGCUCUAGGAUCUUCUGGAUCUUCGGGAGCUCUGGGGUCAUCUGGAUCUUCAGGAGCCCUUGGAUCUUCUGGGUCUUCGGAAGCCCUAGGAUCUUCAGGA